ACUUGAAACGAUUUCGCAGUGAUUGCUCAAACAUGAAGGCAAUUAUUUUGCUGAUUUGCGUGAGCACGUUUGCCCUAGCAGACGACCCCGACUACCACUUCUCCGACGACUUCGUCUUCGGCGCCGCCACCGCCGCCUACCAAGUCGAAGGCGGAUGGGACGAAGACGGUAAAGGCGAAAGCAUCUGGGACCGCGGUACCCACGAGCACGCCGACUGGGUAGCCGACAAUUCCAAUGGUGAUGUAGCCUGUGAUUCGUACCACAAGUACAAAGAAGACGUCCAGCUCCUCAAAACCCUGGGUGUUGAUUUUUAUCGCUUCUCCAUCUCUUGGUCGCGCGUUCUACCCACGGGCAAAAUCGACCAAAUCAACCAAGCCGGAAUCGACUACUACAACAACCUGAUCAACGAGCUGUUGGACAAUGGGAUUGAACCCUAUGCAACCAUGUUCCAUUGGGACUUGCCCCAGCCCCUCCAAGACGAAGGAGGGUGGCCCAACAGAGCUACCGCUGACUACUUCGUGGAUUAUGCCAGGGUUUUGUUUGAGAAUUUCGGGGAUAGGGUGAAGCACUGGAUGACUUUCAAUGAGAUUAUGCAGAUUUGUGAAGCUGGGUACUCGGGAGGGAGUUUCGCGCCGUAUAUUAGCAAUCCGGGGAUUGGGGGGUACGAGUGCACCCAUACGGUGCUUUUGGCCCAUGGGAGGACCUACAGGUUGUACGAUAGCGACUUCAGGGCGGACCAGAAGGGACAAAUCGGGCUGGCGAUUGAUUCGUAUUGGCACGAACCCAACUAUCCGGAUAGAGAAACGGACCAACAGGCGGCGGAAGUGGAUAUGGAGCUGAACUAUGGAUGGUUCGUCAAUCCCGUGGUCAAUGGUAACUACCCAGACGUCAUGAUCGAACGCGUGGCUAAAAAUAGCGCCGAUGAAGGGUACCCCCAGUCGCGUCUUCCUGUUUUUACCGACGAAGAACAAGCAAUGUUGAAAGGAACCUUUGACUUCAUUGGUCUUAACCACUACUCUUCGGAUAAGGUCUACUUCGCGGAUGAAGGGGCCGGUGAUCACCCAUCGCACUGGGCUGACACUGGGGUUAUAGGUUACCAAGACGCAUCCUGGCCCGGCUCUGCCUCCAGUUGGCUCAAGGUGGUUCCUUGGGGAAUCAAUAAGAUGUUGGUGUGGAUUAAAGACCACUAUGGAAAUCCUCCGGUUCUCAUCACUGAGAACGGGUUUUCGGAUUAUGGACAACUGGAUGAUUAUGAUAGGGCUAACUAUUAUAAAGAUUACUUGUACGAGAUUCUGAAGGCUAUAAAUGAAGGAGGGUGUAAUGUGGUAGGGUACACCGCUUGGAGUUUGAUGGAUAAUUUCGAAUGGAUGGCGGGAUAUACGCAAAGAUUUGGUAUGCACUACGUCGAUUUUAACGAUCCAGAGAGACCAAGGACUAGGAAGUUGUCGUCUUAUGUGUACAAUAACAUUAUUACGACCAGACACGUGGAUUGGGACUAUUAUCCAGACUGGCCACCAGCGGAAAAAUAGGACAGUUGAUUUGGGGCACUCUUGAGUAUUAUAAUUAUUAAUAAUAGGGAAAAACGAAAAUAAAACUGACACAUUUUA